ACGACACUGGCCUGAAAACACACUCCUUUGUUACGAUACGAAGCUAGAGAGGUGAAGAGGGCUCCGGGGAAUGGAGCCGAAAUAUCCUGACUAGUGCAGUGGACCACCUAAGCGACAUUAUACAAACCAAUUUAACAUUUGGAAGCAGAAUUCGACAGAAACAGCCUGGUAUAUUGAGAUGAUGAAUGCAAAAUCAGAACGUUAUCUACGUGGUUUCUACGCAUAUGAACGUAGUUAUAAUUUGCGUGUACUGGUGGACGAUAAGGAGAUUAAAUCAGCCUAUGAAGAAGCAAAGAUUAAAGGGAGACUUCCUUUUAACAGGUCUAAAAUCCUCAUUUUAGGAGAUCACGGUGCAGGAAAGACAUCCACAUGCAGACGACUGCAAGGAAGAGAUUUUCGAAAGGAUGAAUCUAGCACCGUAGGAAUCGAAACAAAUACUGUCAAAGCAAAAGUUAGUGAUGUGAAUAGUAGGUGGUGCGAAGUAUCAAACACACCACUAGAAGAUUAUGAAAGCUCAGCAGCAUGGUGGGCAGUAUCAUACGUGCACAAGACAAACGAGAAACGUUGGACCAUUGUUGAAGAUGUAAUUUAUCAGGGAUUCCUGCUUUUACCAAUCUUCUUUAUUUUUCUAUUCAGAGGUCUGACCUUUGGCUUUGGGUUAGUUGCAUGGUUCUACAUCAUUAGUUUGACGUUUGUAUCUGACGUUCACACUGCGUACCGUCUUGGUUCCGGAUACGCUAUAGGAUCUGUGAUUAUUGAUGGCGCUACGUACUUAACCGAUUUUGACCAAGAUUUACAAGAUAUGAAACUGGAUGAAUUGAUCAAUAUUAUUAUGAAAAUAAUAUUGUAUGCAGUCUUAAGCAUUAUAACUGGUUUUAUGAUUAGCAGUGGUGGCCGGACCGGUGUAUGCGUAGCACUUUGCUUUAUGGUUCAUCCACAAGAAGAAUUACCGCAUACAAAUAUAACUGAGCGGUUAAAUAAUAUAGUACAGAACUCAUCUUUAGAAUUGUUGCUUUCCAUGAUAGCAUGUUUCGUUGUUAUGAUAUUCAGGUGUGUUCACGUUAAAUAUUUGCAGUUGAGCUGGAUGAAACGUGUAUUUGUAACAUUCAUUGUUAUUUUCAAAGUAGUUAUUGGAAUUCUAUACAUGGAAGGGUAUUCCCUAAGGUUAUUCGUUUAUUUUAUUACCGUAGUGAAUAGCAUAUUGGUGUGUGGAGGUGCUUUAAUUGGUAGGUUAUCUUCUACAUAUGGGUACGUACCUGAAAGCUAUAUUAUCAAGAAAACAAUAAGUUUUAUUUUUGGAAUAUGCAUGGCAAGAUUUCUAGGAUGGGAAUUCGUAGACUUGGGAGUUCUAUAUUUAGCCGACCAUCAACAGACAUCGAUCCAACGUCAUUUGCUAUCUUCAUUCCUAUUUAUCGUUCCAUUAAUAUUAUUCAUUGUUUAUGAAUGUUUAGCGUACCUGAAAGUCAGGAAUACAUUUUCUGUACCGCUAAAGCAUAUAGUCCAAUCUAUGAAGGCAAACAUCCGUAAAGAAUCAUAUUUGGAUGCUAGACUCAGCUUAUGGGACUUUGCAGGACAAGAAAUGUACUAUAAUACACAUCAUCUGUUCAUGCCAAUGCAGGGUGCAUAUCUGAUUGUUUUUAAUGCCAUUGAAGCUGUUAUAAAUCCUGCAAAACAACUCAAACGACUGCAUUUCUGGUUGCAAUCAGUUGCUAUGCAUGCAGAAGUUAAGAAUGUAGUAGUCUUGCUUAUAGGAACAAGAAGAGAAAGUGUUCGUGACAUGAAUGCUCUAUCAGAUUUCUCAAUAUUAGCAAAAGCACAUCUUUACAGACGUUUUUCUAAGUUGAUCACGUUUCAUCCACUUGGAGGUAUUAAAGAAAUUAACACGAUACGAGAAGUAAUCUACAAUGAAAUUACCAAUAUGACGUAUUUUCAGGAUUAUUUUUCAGUAAAAUAUCUUUUAUUCAAUGAAACAUUGAAUAGAUUUCGCCAACAAAACACUUUUAUCACGAAGCUGGAUAUCAUUUUUGAGGAAGCAAAAUCUACAUGUAACAUCAUGACAGAGGAUGAGUUGCGUCAAUUUUUAAACUUUUUCGACAGAUCUGGUGAUAUCAUAUACAAAAAAGAAGAUGAAAUGCUCCAAGACUACGUCAUAUGUGACCCUCAGAGGCUGGUUGAUAUUUUGCAAUACUUGGUGAAUGUACCUGAACCUCAGAGGAGAAAUCGGGCAGUAGCUGACUACUGGCAGAGACUGCAAGACACAGGAAUCGUUGACAGCAGAUUACUCGAGCAUAUCUGUCGCGAGCAGGGAAUUUGGAGACUAUACCCUUAUGUUAUUCGUUUCUUAGUGGGAACGCAUCUACUUUUUCCUAUUUGUGUUACAGAUGAAGUCGACCAAGUCGGCAUAUUUUGUCUUUCGUGUCGACUGCCAAAGAUCACACUGAUGUCAACUAUCUGGAACAGUAAGGACAAGUCCCAAGAUAUCUUUUAUUUUGACUUUGGGGAAAUUCUUACCGAAUUGAUAUUUCUACGUCUUAUCGCUAAAUGUUGUGAAGAGUUUAAUUGGGAUAAAAUAUACUGCAAUGCAGCACGAUUCCGGACCAGUAAAUUAUGUUUAUUUGUUAUCAACACGCAAGUAAUAUUUGGAGCCUCGGAUUCAUACGGAAGAAAUCUUAUAAAGGUGUCUAUACUUAAUGAAGACGAAGCUCAGGUAAUAACUGUUCUACAAAAAAUGAUUACUUUUACUGAAGAGAUAAUCAAUCGGGAUUUCAAUCCUACGUACUUUAAGGAUAAUUAUAUUUUUGGGCCUGUAUGUCAAAGAUGUAGUUCCCUAGAAGGUACGCUGUGUUUGGUGAACCUCACAACGCACGGUAACGACGUCAGUAUGUUUCAUUGCUACAGACCAGAUCAUUACCACAGAGUUUCAUUUGAGCCAAAGUUCAAUUUAACUUGUAGCCGUUAGAUAAGGAAGCAAUCAAACGGCUGGAAAUGUUACAGAGAAACUGCUAGAUUUGUGUUUGCCAACUAUAAAAGAGAAAAUCCCUUUCCUCUUUAAUUCAACAAAUUAACUGGGAUCUUAACUCCACACACGUCGUUUAAUCCAGCAAGCAACCACGCGAUGUAUAAAUUUCAUUAUAAUCUGGUUAACAUCUCUCCACCAUCAUGCAUCCAGGGCAGGGAGCAACAUAGCCUACUGUACAUUUCAUCAACAACAAAUCAUCCAAUUAAAUACAUAAAUCUCAGUAUACAAACUGCAACAUGUCUACAAGUUUGCCCUUUAUCCAAGAGCACCGGCCAUAUGGAACCGACUACUUCCGAAAGCUGUCUUUUAUAUUACCACAUCAGUACCACACUUCACGAGUUUUGCUGCUCCAGCUAUCAGAGGUAUGACUCCUCUGUAUGGCAGUCAGUCCUGUAAACAAGUAACUUGAUGCUGUAUAUAGUACACCCUAAGUUUGAUUGAAUUUCAUUUUCAAGAACUUUAUUAAUUUUGUCUGACUGGCUACAGACAUCACACUAUCACAAUCAUCCCAGUUUAGCUGAUUUAAGUUGUUUAGGGAUUACCACACCAAGAACCAAGCAAGUCUCAGCUAAUGUAUGUAAAGGUCACAAAAACAAUGUAAAUUUUCUCAUUAACAUUCAGUACCAGGAAUUCGAAAAAUAGGGGGCCCAUGGAGGCACUUUGACAGAUAGUGGAUCACCUCAGCUCCACCAUGGUUGGGGUUAAGGUAAGAACAUAAUAUGAUUAUGGCACCCCUCAUGGCCGGAAUGACAAUCUCUGACAAAUAUUUGAAUAUAAUUUUUUGUUUUAUUUCUCUAAUUUUUUUUACAAUUUUUAAAUAGGAAGCACGGGCCCCUCCCCUUAAAAUCUCCCACUGAGAUUGGAAGUGAAAUGUUUAUCUUUUAACUUGAACUGAAAAAAAAUCACCACAUACUACUAUCAACGUUUACACUUAGAACAUGCGCCAGGUGUUAAUUCCUCCUUUAGUCUGACGUCUGGUGUCACAGGGACUUCCUCCCCCCUGUUCCUCUGUCCGUAAUGUGUUUAGUAAAUUCGGGGGACUCUCUGGGUCAAAAUGCUUUAAACAGUAAUGGCCAAAAUCUUUCUAAAUCGGUCUUUGAGAUUUUUUCCCAACGUCAGGUGUGUAUUAUUGUUAAAAAUAAUAUUAUUAUUACUACUGUUAUUGAUAUUGUUAUUGUUUUGGGGAC